AUGAUGUUUCUCUAUUAUUAUUGUGCUGCUUGUAGCAAGCAAAUCUUCAUAUUAAGUGAAUUAAAGAGAUAUCAUAUAAAAUGUCAAGUAUUGCUUGACUAUUUUCAAGAAUUCCAGUCUUUCCAGACUGAAUCAGCCAUUUCAACAGACUCAGAGAUUCAAGAACAUGCUGACAAUCUCAAUACUACUGAAAUCCCUACUGGUGAAUGGAAUUUUGUCCAUGAUAACUAUAGUGACCAGUUGGCCAACAUGAGGAAAGAGAACAUUGAGAUGAAUGAGUCAGAAAUCUUGUUACUUGAAAGUGCUACAGCUAGUAACCUUUCAUCACAAGAAGAUUUAGUUAUAAGUGAUGUUGACACUGGUGGCAAGAGAGAAUGUACAGAAUCUACUGUUAAAAGAAGCUCAAACUUCUAUAUUCUGGUUUCACCAGCCAAGCUUUCUGUCAUAUUUACAACCCACAUCAUCACAUACAAGACAACAGGUUAA